AGCUAGCACAUCUCAUCGUACUACUUACGAUGCUAGGGAUGAUACGUACAGUACCUACGAACGAACGACGCGCUAGCCGUGACGACGACGAAAGACGCCGCGGAACGUCGCGCUCGCGGCGAACUUCUUCGCCUCCGCGGCGGCUUCGAGUAACGUCUCUCCGGCGAGCGUUUUAUCCAAAACGACAAACAACCCCCUCUCAUCCGCCGCCGCCGCGGCGUCUUCCUUCGUCGUCGUCGUUCGCGUCGCGUACACCCAACGGUCGUCGCUCCCGCGCGCGCACGCCUCCGAGAUCGGCGCGGCGUCCGACGCGGGAUGAUCCCAAUCGUCUCGAACGUGGUCGAGCGUCCGCAGCGCGCUCGCGGACGUCCCCUCGACGCGCCGCUCGCGAGAAGACCCGACGCGCGUCGCGGAGGCGGGAUCGCGAAACGCGUACACGUGGCGUUCGCGCGGCUCACACGUGGCGUCGGCGUCGGCGUCGGCGUCGGCGUCGGCUCCGCCGCGCGUCGUCGUCUCCGCGGUGGGCGAAUAGGAGAGCGCCGCGUGGAGGUCGACGAGGCGGGGCGACGCGGCGGCGGCGACGGCGUCGCGCAGCCGCGCGGUUUCGUUUUCCCCCUCGUUCGCGUCCGCGGCGCCGCCGCGCGCCAGCGCGACGACGGCGACGGCGUCGCCGCUCGGCGGCAGCACCGCGAACGCGUCCACGACGCCGUCGGCGAGGUGCAUCGGAAGCGGCGGCGGCGGCGACGACGACGACGCGACGGCGCGCCACUCCCCGUCCAUGAACGGCCACGACGCGCCGCCGCCGCCGCCGC